GAACAAAAACGGCUGACCGUUUCAUUCGAUGGCAGCGCGUCUUGAUUCGUGCGAUCAAGUCGCGCUAGCUAAUUCUCCCGCGAACUACCGUGUGAAUAGAAGUUUGAGUCGGUUUCUACGUAGCUGCGCCUGUGAAAUUUCAUUCCGAAGGCACUCGGGAGAAAGACUGAUUUGCGCUCGGUAGCACCAUGGGUACGAGAAAUAAAGUGAGCCCGAUCAAGGACUUCAUAGCCGGCGGUUUCGGUGGCAUCUGCACGGUGGUCUCUGGACACCCUCUAGAUACCAUCAAGGUACGACUGCAGACUAUGCCGAAACCCGGUCCCGGCGAAAGUCCGCGCUACACGGGCACCUUUGACUGUGCAAAGAAAACCAUAGUGAGAGAGGGUGUCCUUGGUCUCUACAAAGGCAUGGCUGCACCUCUCACUGGAGUGACGCCCAUGUUUGCAGUCUGCUUCUUUGGCUUUGGCAUCGGCAAGAAGAUUCAGCAGAAGCACCCCGAGGAAGAACUCACGUUACCACAGCUUUUUUUAGCUGGCAUGCUGUCGGGUGUUUUCACAACAGCAAUCAUGGCCCCGGGUGAACGGAUCAAGUGCCUUCUUCAGGUUCAGCAGGCCCACUCAGACCAUGGAGGCAAAGCCCGGUUUGCUGGACCUGUGGACUGUGCCAAGCAGCUAUAUCGCGAGGGAGGAAUCCGCAGCAUCUACAAGGGCACGGCGGCAACUCUUCUGCGCGAUGUGCCAGCCAGUGGCAUGUACUUUGCGAGCUACGAGUGGCUACAACGAGUGCUCACACCAAAAGGUGGCAGUCGCUCCGACCUGAGCGUCAAGGUGACCCUUUUUGCUGGCGGCAUGGCAGGUAUCUUCAACUGGAUGGUAGCCAUACCGCCCGACGUGCUGAAGUCGCGGUUACAGACAGCACCUGAAGGAACUUAUCCCAACGGCAUCAGGGAUGUGUUCCGCGAGCUUAUGAAGAACGAAGGUGUCCGUGCCUUGUACAAAGGUGCAGCACCGGUCAUGCUCAGAGCUUUCCCUGCAAAUGCUGCUUGCUUCAUGGGGUACGAAGUCGCCAUGAAGUUUUUGAACUGGGCGGCACCCAACCUAUGAAGGGAACAGCUGUGUGUGAGAAAAAUCUUAGUCCGAAUGCUCCCUUGUGCAGUGAAACCGGUGGGCUUUUCCCUCGUGAGGCCAUGAGUUACUGUACCUAAGUCCAUCCAGUGCUGUACAUAUAAGCUCAAAGAACGCAUUUUAGACAUGUUACUGUUGUUUGUUAGCGCACGAAUCAAUGUAUGCCGAGCAUAUUGAUGACCGCAAAAGUUGCGCGUUUUGUGUGAAGCUAGUGCUCUGGUUUUUGUGGAUAUUUAUUGCUGCAUUGCCGAUUUGGAAGACUGCAUGAAUGCCUAUGAAGAAGGUAAUGGUAAAGUUCUUGGUUUUAAUGCAGGUGCAGUUUUUCUGCGUGCAACAAACAUUUCAGGAAAAAAGCAUUAUUUUUGGUUCUGGUGGCAGUAUGCAAGAUGGUUCAGUCAAUUACAUAGAGAAAGAACAAAGGCUAGCUAGCUGCAUAGAACUCUUGGUUGUACUACAACACUCAAAGUACUCUCAAGUGCCCAGACUCUCUGUCAUGUCUUGGCAACUUUUUUUUUUUAGAUGGUCCAUCACACUGGAACAUGUCGUUCUGCAAGUCCAAUAGUCGACGGCAUUUAGCAGCUAUUUCUUAGCGAGCACCACCGCGCCGAACCGGUGCAUUUUUACGUAUUUGAAUUUUAUGCCGUUGCGUUCUAAGACGUGUACUUCGUAUAUUUUCGAGGUUAUUUGCUCAAAUGCAGUUUUUAUAGAGUGCUAGUGUACACUGGGACCACACUUAUUUUUGUUCCAGGAAUUGAGUGCUCAUGGCAAAAAGAUGUUUUUCGUACUUCUUUAUGAGAAAAAGAGUGCUUAGCUAAUUGCCUAUCUACAUUGUUGCAUUCCAGCAUGUCAAUAAGCCUCCUGCCUUCGAACGCCAAGUGCAAUAAUACGUGUCUUUCGAGAACUGCUUAAGCCUGUCAAUAUUCCUACUGCUAUGAAAGAGAUUAUGUAUACUCUAUUCGAAAUGUAUGCAAUUUUAUAACUGCACUGCAAA